AUGUAUAGGUUAUGGGCGGCCACGGGUCAAACAGCACUCGAGAACGCCAAAAUCUGUCUGCUCAAUGCCACGUCAACCGGGUGUGAGAUUCUCAAAAAUCUUGUUUUACCGGGUAUUGGUAGUGUUACUGUCGUGGACCAUACCACGGUCAACGACACUGACAUUCGUGCCAAUUUCUUCCUAGAGCCUUCAAACAUUAACCAUUCCAAGGCUGAAUCAGCUGCUGCUUUGCUCAAAGAACUCAAUGAAGACGCGUCUGUUUCUUUUGAAAACAAGUGUGCUUCUGACUUGAUUCGCACGCAACCCGAGUUCUUUGAUCAAUUCUCAAUGGUGAUUGCGACCAACCUUGUUGAACAAGACGUUUUGGCUUUGGGCGAUAUCUGUGACAAGACCAAGAAAACUCUCGUGACCGUUCAUUGCAAAGGCCUUUUCGGCCUAUUUCGAAUCCAAGCACCUGAACAUGCUGUGGUGGAAACACAUCCAGAAAAUGUGAUCGACCUUCGUCUGGGCUGUCCUUUUAAAGAACUGCUUGCCUACGUAGAUACUAUUGAUUUGGACUCGUUGGAUCAAACUGACCAUGGACAUGUCCCCUUUGUCGUUGUCUUGCUCAAAUACGUCAAUGUGUGGAAGGAACAACAUAAUGGGCAGACACCACAAACCUAUGGUGAACGUAACGAGCUCAAGAAUUUGAUCAAGAGUGGUAUGCGUAAGUCAGACGAAGAGAAUUUUGAAGAGGCAGUAGCAAAUGUGUGGCGACUUUCAUCAACAAGCACGGUCGACUCUAGCGUUCGAGAAAUAUUGGAAGAUCCAGCAGCACAAAACCUCGAAUCGAAUUCAGACAGCUUCUGGAUUAUUACUCGAGCGAUCAAAGACUUUGUCGAUAACGAAGGUGAAGGUCAGCUCCCGCUUUCUGGCAAACUUCCAGACAUGAAAUCAGAUACGGAAAACUAUAUCGACUUGCAAAAUGUCUUCCGACAAAAGGCUAUGGCAGACCUGGCAGCAGUAAAGGAACGGGUUGAGAGAUUGCUGGAACAAUUAAAGAUGCCGAUAGACAGUAUACCUGAUGGUGUAAUAGAAGGCUAUUGCAAGAACGCUGCGACUAUUAAAGUGAUACGAUACCGAACUCUUCGAGACGAAUAUGUGACUCCAUCGACAGACAACUUGGUUUCAUGGCUAAGAGCGGAUGAAAACAUUAUUUUUUAUAUUCUUUUCCGUGCUGCUGAAAAGUUUGCUGCCAAACAUAACAGAUACCCAGGCGCAGCUGGAGGUAGCAAAGAAGAAGACAUCGACUUAUUGACAGAACAGGCAGUCGAGGUGCUAAAAGAUCUAGGUGUAAGCGAAGGCUCACAUCUGCUAGGGUCCGAGUUUGUACAAAGAUGUAUUAAGAACUAUGUUCAAUCUGCCGACCGAGAAAUGGCCAACAUGGCGGCUCUGAUGGGUGGAUUGAUUGCCCAAGAGGCUAUCAAACUGAUUACCCGUCAAUAUGUUCCUAUCAACAACACAUGUAUCUUUAACGGCAUUGCAUCCACUAGCAACAUCUAUGCUUUGUAA